AUGUGGGAGAAAAGGUGCAGCUCUGAGGGAUGGACUGUUUCUCCGCCUCCAGCAGAGACAGCUGUUCUCCUCCAGGCUCCAGGAGUGUAUGUACUGCAUCAACGUCCACACAAGAAGCAACAACGUGGAAGGCUGAGACCCAACAUCCAGGAUUUUCUUGACGGCAGAGUGCAUUGUACCAACACCUUUCAUGUGCUGGUCAUGGAGGAGAUCAGCAAUGUCGCUGUACUCAUCACACACUCCUCCACUGCCUCCUCGUCCUCGUCUACUCCAUCAGCGCUGCAGUCCCUCUCUCAAACCCAAACCCAGCAGGACGUAAAGAAGGACACCUUCCAGAGUUUUCAGCAGAAACAAGCUCCCGAUUCUCUCAUACAGGUGAUUGAGAAGCUCAGCAAAAUUGUGGAGAAGCGUCCCCAGCGCCGCUGCAACUUGGGGGGACAGAAAAGAGCAUUCCAACAGGCCUCCUCUGCACGGGGAGGAGGAGGAGGUGAGGACGGGGCGAGGGGGAGCAGAGGAGGCUCUCCCAAUAAGAAACUGAAGAGGAACUGUAAGGAGGAGGACAGCACAGAGGAGGUGAGAUUAGAUGGCAGCACAGUUGAUUGUGCUGUUUCUCCACCUGUGUCAGGUGACAGUAACAACAACAGCAUCGCCUCCACGGUAACAGAGGUAGCUGGUAACCCCAACAGCAGCAACAACAAGCGGACAGUAACAUGCUAUCAGUGCAGCCUGUGCCCUUAUCUCUCCCAGACACUGCCCUUGCUGAAAGAGCACCUGAAGCAACACAAUGAGCAGCUCAGUGACCUCAUCCUCAUGUGCUCCGAGUGUCGCUUUACCUCCAGAGACCACAGGCAGCUGGAGGCUCAUGUCAAGCUGCACUUUGACAACGGAGGCAACCUGAAGAGGAAUUCCACUCCGUUGGAUACCUGCAGUGAGGUGAAGGAAGAGGGUUUAAGAAAGCAGAAAGGGGACUGGACUGGGAGCGGUGGCAGUAUAGGGACAGAGGUGGUUAAAAGCUCAGUGGACAGUUCCAAAGCGCUACCACAGAAGAAGAAAUGGUAUAGCCAUGAGGAGUAUGGAUUGUACCGCUGCCUGAUCUGCAGCUACGUGUGCAGCCAGCAGAGAAUGCUUAAGACCCAUGCCUGGAAGCACGCUGGCCUGGUCGACUGCUCUUACCCCAUCUUUGAAGAUGAAGACGGGGCUCCCACGACGAGAGACUCCCAGGCUGCAGCUAACACUGCCGCAACCAGCGAGGAAGUAGUUGUUCUUUCCCCAGCUCUUCAAGAUAAAAGCCUACAAAAGCUCCCCACUGCCUUCAAACUCCAGCUCUGUGUGCCAUUGGCUGUUGACAAUAAACAGGAUGUGUUAAAUCAUCCGGUCUCCGAUCUUACCGAAAGUCCAAAAACAGCAGCGGAAGAGGAGGAGAGUGUGUAUCCUAUCAAAGAGGAGCCCAUGGUGGAGGUGCAGGUGACGACGGAGGCAGAGACUGAGGUUGAGAUAGAUAGUCACCAUGAUAGUACCUCUAUCACGGACAGCUUACUGUCAUCAGCACAGAAAAUCAUCAACAGCAGUCCCAACAGUGCUGGCCACAUCAACGUGAUUGUAGAACGCCUUCCCUCAGCUGAGGACUCAGUCAUGGCCGCUAACCCACUACUUCUUAGCCCAGACGUGGACAGGGACAAGAACUUACUGGAUGCAGAGGAAGUAGAGCGGGACCUCGUGGGAGCUGUGAAGGAUGAGGUGGUCCUCGACUGCAGUGCAGGUUCUGCUGACAGCCAGCCAUUAGGAGCUGAUAUUAAGUCUUCUGUUGCUAAAAGUAGCAAUGCUCCAAGGGAUGAAAACAUUCCCCCAGCUGGUCGAAAGCGGACACAUUCUGAGUCCCUCCGCCUGCACUCACUGGCUGCUGAGGCCCUGGUAACUAUGCCAAUGAGGACCCCUGAACUCCCCACCUCCAGCACCAAGGUAAGCCUCAAGACUAUAGCAGCCCAGGCACCGUGCCAGAACAUGGGCCAGAAACUGGUAGAGGUGACUACAGCUGGACAGAAGGCUUCUGACAUGGAGACAACAGCAGCUCUAUUGGACUUGGAGCUUGAUAGUGAGGACAGAGAGGAAGAGUUGGGGUCCCUGAGCCUUGGGGAGGUAGACGAGGAGGGUCCUGCCGCUAAAGCUGGCAUCAGCCUGUCACUGCUCACCGUCAUCGAAAGACUUCGAGAGCGCUCGGACCAGAACACCUCUGAUGAGGAUAUCUUAAAAGAGCUUCAGGACAAUGCACAGUUCCAUAACGGAGCCAUGGCCGGUGUGGUUACAGGGAACGGAGCCGGGAGCUACAUGUGUACCAUCCCGGGAAUGGACGGGUUGGUUGCAUCUCCUGAUGGUGGUCUGGUGGACUACAUCCCCGGCAGUGACAGGCCAUACCGAUGCCGCCUAUGUCACUACAGCAGCGGCAAUAAGGGCUACAUUAAGCAGCACCUACGGGUGCACAGGCAGAGGCAGCCGUAUCAGUGUCCCAUCUGUGAGCACAUCGCCUCAGACAGUAAGGACCUGGAGAGCCACAUGAUCCACCAUUGCAAGACCAGGACGUACCAGUGCAAGCAGUGCCCAGAUGCCUUCCACUAUAAGAGUCAGUUAAGAAAUCAUGAAAGAGAGCAUCAUAGCUUCAGCAGUGACACGGCAGACCUCACACCCGUCACUGAAACUGUGGCCACAGUGGAGGAAGGUGAGAGGGUAACAGAGGAAGAAUGUGGUGUUCAGAAGAUGUAUAAGUGUGACGUGUGCGACUACACCAGCUCUACAUAUGUUGGAGUGAGGAACCACCGGCGGAUUCAUAACUCCGACAAGCCUUAUCGGUGUUGUAGCUGUGAUUUUGCCACCACCAACAUGAACAGUUUAAAGAGCCACAUGAGGAGGCACCCUCAGGAGCACCAAGCUGUGCAGCUGCUGGAGCAGUACAGGUGCUCUCUGUGCGGAUACGUGUGCAGUCAUCCUCCGUCACUCAAAUCCCACAUGUGGAAGCACGCAGGAGACCAGAACUACAACUACGAGCAAGUUAACAAAGCAAUUAACGAGGCCAUCUCCCAGAGCAACCGAGCUCCUCAGAAGUUGUCCGCAGUGCUGGAGUCGGUGGCAGAACGCCCUGCAGUGGCCCAGCCCUCAAAGGAAAAAGUGAAGGGCCCCAUGGAGCCAAUGCCAACGCCUACACUGACGACAACAACAACUGCAGUUGACCUGGCUGCGGACAGCUCAGCUGUUCUUCCCGCACCCACCACAGACCCUUCACAGUGGCCCGGUGAAUCAGCGAGCCCCCAGGGGAAGGACCCCGCACAGCUCAACCCUCAGUCCCAGAGCCAGCCGCGCACAUGCCAGGCCCCUGUCCCGGGCACCAGCAUGGAAUACUGUGUGCUCUUGUUCUGUUGCUGCAUCUGUGGCUUCGAGUCCACCAGUAAGGAGCGGCUGAUGGAGCACAUGAAGGAGCAUGAGGGAGACAUCAUCAGCAUCAUCCUCAACAAGGAGCAGCAGCAGCAGCAGCAACCAGAAGUACAAGCAAGCCUCCAAACUGCAGAGUGAGACCUCCCCUCCCCUCCCUCUCUAUAUCUUAACACUGACCCUGUGCUCUUACAGCGAUCUGCUGCCCACAGAAGUAUUUCAUUGUGUUUCUUUACCUCAAAGUGGUUCUGGUGGAAAUCAAGUUGUGGCCAUUUGACAUCUACUUUACAAUAGUAGCUAACUCUCCUGUCAUUUGUCAGCACGCUCUGUGGUUAGGUCGGCCAUGGUGUCGGAGAGUUACAACUGUAAGGCUGUGACAACUACUGUCCGAUGCAGACACCUUGAACAGGUGUCAAGAAAAAUGAUGAAAUGAUUUUCUGAGUGGCAUAUCCUUUGAAAGGAAUGUUAAAAAAAAACAAAAAAAAAAAACAUAAAACAAUGUUAUAAGCUGUUUAAUAUUUGUAUCAAAUAAUUUGACAUUGGAGACACAAAGUGUGUCUGUAGGGAAGCAGUGUUGACUUCAAGGGACAAGCCCGAGCUCAAACCCAAGUUAGAUUUUUCACUCUACAGGGACAAGUUCAUACCUCACAAAACCACACAAUCCCUCAGUAGAAAAAAUAUUCACACAUUUUCCAGUCUAAUUCAUAUAUUGACUAUAAGGCAGCUCUUUUAUUGCUACUGUAAUAUUUAACGUAUUUAAUUCGACACCGUUGAGGCUCUAGCCUUGUUAAGGAGGUACAUGUGCAAACUCACCAAUGCCUCGAGGCAUGUAUCACAGCUUGAAUAUGAUUUAAUAUUUAUCAAGUUUUUAUGCAUGUUAGUCUCCGUUAUGCCAGUUAAGAGAGGCAAAUGUUUAUCGUUAUUUGCAUCUUUUUUGUUUUUGUUUGUAUGAGUGACUGUAAUUUUUACUUGUUGGAUUAUAAAGUAGCGAGAGAAAGUGAUAGUUCUCAGAGGAGGUGUGGAAGUCGACUAGAGAAAGCAGAACUCGGUCUUUGAUGAGUGGUCUUCUGGAGACAGAGGUCUUUGGUUUUGACUGACAAAAGGAAUGAUUAAAAGGGAAGUUAGCGUAGGUAGGGCUGUUGUUGUUUUAAUUGUAAGGUGCCUGGAUAUUUGAGAGCAGGAAUAUGUUGUAUUGAAUCAGACACACCUGUUUUCACAUGUGAUUGUGGUGCUAGGCACACUUUGAUAGUUGUCAUUGAAGGUAUAGUCUUUUUUUUUUAUAGCCCAUGGAAUUUAUGUUGUAUAUAAUAACAUUUUUAUAAUUAUUAUUACUUUUCUUUUUGUCAGCAUUUUUAAAAUACAAACUUUCUAGUGUCAAACACAACUUGAAAUGACUGCUGUCCCAGCUGAAAUACAUGCCUGAAAUAAGAAGACGUGGAUGUUAAAAUAAAAGUUUGGAAGGUGACAUGUUUUUGAGGUUUCUUGGCAGAGUCCAGGAGUGUAAUAUAAUAACUGCAGCGCUGGCUCAGUGUAACAACGAUAAAACAGACAAGUCGAUCAAUGAAGGUUUCAUGUUAACUGUGAUUGAUUGUCUCAUUUUCAUACACAAUGAAUGGCAACAAAUGGCUUUUUCUCAAAGGAAAACAUUUGAACUUGUCGCCCAGAAGCUUUUUACGACAACCAAAAUAUAUCUGGCACUUUAAUGUUAAAUCACGUUAAACUAACUGUGCCAUUUGUUCAGGACACAAAUAAGAAAAAUGGCCGAGGCUUUCAUGUUGAAGACCACAGAGCCUUAUACAGGAGAACGUUUGUGUUUCUGCUACAAGAACCCAUCAGAAUCACAUCAAAACAUCCAAAAUUAACAGAAAAUUAAAUCAGAUUGAAGAUAAGGUUUAUUCUUUUAAACCCCAGUCUCAGAUUUCAACCCAUCAGACGUCACUAUGUUACGUUAAUUCAUCAGUAUGCCAUCCCUCCCUUACAACCACACAGACAGAAACAGGAAAUUAAGAUAAAAUGGAAUAUCCAUAAUUCAUGCCCCCCCGCCUUACAUAACAACUCGCAAUUGUGU